AUGGCGGCGUCGACGAGUGCGAUCGACCGUGGUGUUCGGGGCCAGGAGGAGAGUAAUCCGAUGAGCAUGAGCCUUCGGGAGAUCAACCCGAACCUCACGAGCAGCUUCUCCUUUGACCCAAGCGUCAGCACCAUGUCUCUGCCAGCGGAGAACAUGACACUUCCGAUGCUGAAGAGGCCAACGCGAGGCAAGGGCAAGAAGAAGAUGGCGGAGUUGGAAGGCUUGGCCUAG